AUGAGUUCGUCAUAUGAAGCUGGUGGGGAUGGUGGAUUGUUGAUGGAAGAAAAUAUGGAAGCACAAAAAUUCUCUCUUUUGGAUCAUAUAAAUGGGCUUCAAUACACGAAGGAGAAAUCAGAUAGUUUUGUUAUUGACAUGGAAAGUUUCUCUCAUGGCAUCAAUAAAGAUAUCAACGCAAAUUCAAGAAUCACAAGGAACCUUUCCAGAAAAGGGUCACUGCGGGGCGGCGGCGGCGAGAAGAAGAUUAAUUCUAAUCUUUCUCACUCUAAUCUUUCUAAUCUUUCUGUUAGUGAUAGAGAGGCUAUUGUUGCUUCAGCUUCACCCAGAAGUAUUGCUUCACCCAGAGGGCCAAGCACGCCUGAAAAGGCAGCAGUGGUAACGGUGGGGACCCCAGAUCAUUCCAGUAGCCCACAAGUUCAUCAUCAAAUCACUAUCACGACCGGCAACAUCAAUGGCACCCCAGAAGGCAGAUGCAUUAGGAGAAACAGCUUCAAGCGCUCGUCACCUUCAUGGGUCCUUGAUCCCAAAAGGAUUCUUUUCUUCUUUGCCACUCUGUCAAGUCUGGGAACAAUGUUGCUGAUAUACCUCACUCUUUCGAUUGGGAAGCUCAAUGCAGUCGAUCAUUCCCUUGAUUGA